AACUAGAGUCCUCUCAAGAACCUUCCUAGCAACAAAAGUUCAUUCUUGGGUGAAGAGCAAUCAGUCCUGCAAUUACCGGAAUAGUCCUAUGAAUUGAAAGGUGUUUGGAGAUCCACAAGAUUCCUCUGACCUAUCUGGAAUUUCCUUCCAGGACAGACAAAGGAUGCAGAAACAACCGUUAGCAAGUGAGGGAACUGGAAAAGGCCCCUCUGCUGUUGAGCCUGGCAGCUGUGGGAAGAUUUGGGCAAGAACUGGGCAGAAGAUCCUGGAGGAGAAAACCAUCAUCCGUUCAGAGAUUCAGCCCUGCAACCUCAGAAACAUCCUGUACCAGGAAACGGAAGGUCCCCGAGGACUUUGCAGCCGACUCCACAAUAUUUAUAGUCAAUGGCUGAGGUUAGAAACCCACAUUGAAACCCAAAUGUUGGACUUGGUUGUUCUGGAGCAGCUCCUGGCCCUUCUGCCCCCUCUGAUGGCAAACUGGUUGCGGGAGUGUGGAGCAGAGACCAGCUCCCAAGCGGUGGCCCUGGCGGAAGGCUUCCUCAUGAGUCAGGCAGAGGAGCAGAAGGAGCAAGUCAAAUUGCAGAGUAGAAAUCCUAUGAGAAUCAGGAAUCCAUCAAAUCUCCCUCUGGAGCUGCUUUUCAGGAGGAUCUCUCAGGAUGCCGCAAGUCAGGACAUCUCAGAUGGGAAGAAUAGAACGAAUUUGACUCCUUUCUAUGGUGGUGCUGAAAGAGUGGUUGAAACUCAAACUCAAAACGGCCUUGUGUCCUUUGAGGAGGUGGCUGUGUAUUUCUCCGAAGAGGAGUGGUCUCAGCUGGAUGCUGAUCAAAAAGCGCUGCAUUGGGAAGUCAUGCUGGAAAAUCAUAGGAACGUGGCCUCUUUGGGUAAUGGGGAAGAAUAUGAAGAUUCCUGGGAACUACUCCAAAUGAUCACUCGUGGGUACAAUACGAAGAACGCCACAGAUCUAAUGGAAGUAGAAAGCCAUGAGAGAAACCAGUCAAAUAAGUGCAAUUGGGAAAAUUCAUCUUCUAUUCAUGCACCAACUAAAGCCUCUGUGGUCCAACAAAGGAAAAUAAAAAAGAAAUAUAUUGGAAAACAUACAAAGGUAUUCAUAAAGAAAUUAGAUGUAAAUAAAUACUAUCAAACUCAAACCAAAGGAGAAGAUUAUAUAUGUAGAGACAGUGGAAAAAGUUACAAACAGACUUUGUCUCUCCCUAAUAAAAAUGGGUCUCGUACAUCUCAAAAAAGGACCCACACAGGCGAGAAGCCCUAUAAAUGCAUGGACUGUGGAAAGAGCUUUAUUUUUAGAAGCUAUCUUAAGUCACAUAGAAGGAUCCAUACAGGAAAGAAGUCCUAUAAAUGCAUGGAGUGUGGGAAGAGCUUUACUCAGAACAGUAGUCUUAUUUCCCAUAAAAGGAUCCACACAGGUGAGAAGUCCUAUAAAUGCAUGGAGUGUGGGAAGAGCUUUACUCAGAACAGUAGUCUUACUUCCCAUAAAAGGAUCCACACAGGUGAGAAGCCCUAUAAAUGCAUGGAGUGUGGAAAGAGCUUCACUUUUAGUACUGCUCUUACUUCGCAUUAUUGGAUCCAUACAGGGGAGAAGCCAUAUAAAUGCAUGGAGUGUGAAAAGACCUUUACUACGAGCAGCAGUCUUACUUCCCAUAAAAGGAUCCACACAGGGGAGAAGCCAUUUAAAUGCAGGGAGUGUGGAAAGAGCUUUACUCAAAGAAACAGUCUUACUUCCCAUGAAAGGAUCCACACAAAGGAGAAGCCCUAUAAAUGCACUGAGUGUGGAAAGAGCUUCACUUGUAGUCAUUCUCUUACUUUGCAUUACCGGAUCCAUACAGGGGAAAAGCCAUAUAAAUGCACUGAGUGUGGAAAGAGCUUCGCUUGUAGUAAUUAUCUUAAUUCGCAUUACCGGAUCCAUACAGGGGAGAAGCCAUAUAAAUGCAUGGAGUGUGGAAAGCACUUUACUCACAUAAAGACUCUUGCUUCCCAUAAAAGGAUCCACACAGGGGAGAAGCCCUAUAGAUGCAUGGAGUGUGGAAAGAACUUUACUCACUUCAAAAGUCUUACUUGCCAUAAAAGGAUCCACAUAAAGGAGAAGCUCUAUAAAUGCAAGGAAUGUGGAAAGAGCUUCACUUGUAGUAAUUCUCUUACUUUGCAUUACCGGAGCCAUACAGCAGGGAACUCAUAUAAAUGCAUGGAAUGUGGAAAGACGUUUACUCAGAGCCACAGUCUUGCUUUCCAUAAAAUUAUCCACACAGGGGAGAAGCCCUAUAAAUGCAUGGAGUGUGGAAAGAGCUUCACUUUCAGUACUUCUCUUAUUUCACAUUACCGGCUUCAUAUAGCGGAGAAGCCCUAUAAAUGCAUGGAGUGUGGAAAGAGCUUUGUUCACAGUAAUUCUCUUACUUCCCAUUACUGGAUCCAUACAGGGGAGAAGCCAUAUAAGUGCACAGAGUGUGGAAAGAGCUUCUGUCACAAUUCUUCUCUUACUGUUCAUAAACGAAUCCACACAGGAGAGAAGCCCUAUAAAUGCAUGGAAUGUGGAAAGAGCUUCCAUAAAAGCAGUGAACUUAUUUUUCAUAGAAAUAUCCACAUAGGGGAGAAGCCAUAUAAAUGCAUGGAGUGUGGAAAGAGCUUUAUUAAGAACUGCCUACUUAUUUACCAUAGCAGGAUACAUACCGGGGAGAAGCCAUAUAAAUGCAUGGAGUGUGGAAAAUGCUUUUCUGUCGCUACUAACCUUACCUCCCAUAAAAAGAUUCACACGGGGGAGAAGCCUUAUAAAUGUAUAGAAUGUGGAAAGAGUUUUUCUACGAAGAGUUAUCUUAACAUUCAUAAAAGGAUCCACACAGGAGAGAAGACCUAUAAAUGCAUGAAAUGUGGAAAGAGCUUCCAUAAGAGCAGUGAACUUAUUUUCCAUAGAAAUAUCCACAUAGGGGAGAAACCAUAUAAAUGCAUGGAGUGUGGAAAGAGCUUUAUUAAGAACUGCCUACUUAUUUACCAUAGCAGGAUACAUACCGGGGAGAAGCCAUAUAAAUGCAUGGAGUGUGGAAAAUGCUUUUCUGUCUCUACUAACCUUACCUCCCAUAAAAAGAUUCACAUGACGGAGAAGAGGGAGAAGCCUUAUAAAUGUAUAGAAUGUGGAAAGUGUUUUUCUACAAAGAGUUGUCUUAAUAUCCAUGAAAGGAUCCACACAGGGGAGAAGCCUUAUAAAUGCAUGGAAUGUGGAAAGAGCUUCGCUUCUAAUUAUUCUCUUACUUUGCAUUACCGGAGCCAUACAGGGGAGAAGCCUUAUAAAUGUGUGGAAUGUGGAAAGAGUUUUUCUACGAAGAGUUAUCUUAACAUCCAUAAAAAGAUCCACUCAGGGGAGAAGCCUUAUAAAUGCAUGGAAUGUGGAAAGAGUUUUUCUACGAACAGUUAUCUCAACACGCAUAAAAAGACCCACACAAGGGAGAAGCCUUAUAAAUGCAUGGAAUGUGGAAUGAGCUUCACUUUUAAUAAUUCUCUCACUUUACAUUACCGGAUUCAUACAGGGGAGAAGCCUUAUAAAUGUGUGGAAUGUGGAAAGAGUUUUUCUACCAAUAGUAAUCUUACCACCCAUAAAAAGAUCCACACAGGGGAGAAGGCUUAUAAAUGCAUGGAAUGUGGAAAGAGUUUUGCUUCGAACAGUUCUCUUUACACCCAUAAAAGGACCCACACAGUGUAGAAGCUCUGUAAGUUUGUGAAAUAAGAAAAAAACUUCAAGGGGACCAAUGGCCGAAUGUUCCAUAUAAUUUUGUUUCACUGUUAUGCUUAGUUGUUGAAAUAUAUGCA